AUGUACAUCAACUUGAGUCACAUUCUGUCUGUGUGUCUGUCCUCUCGCUGCUCAGACAGUCAUCGAAGGCCGUCUGUACGGCCGCGUCGAUCUGAAGCCGCAGCGCUGCCGAGACUUCAGCCGGCUGACCCGGACCAGCAGGCAGCAGAGUCCAGCGGCAAGAGGAACCUGCUGCGGCUGCUCAAAGAGAGCGAUAAAAGUCAGAUGUCUGGAAGAUCUACUUUUCUUGACGGCUCGUCUCUCAGCUCUGACAGCAGUCUGAACAGCACCUCCGAGGCCGACAGUUUCUGUCUGGACGUCGCCACCAACGUGCGUUUCUCCGUCUGGGUUUCUUUCUGUGAGAUUUACAACGACAACAUCCACGACCUGCUGGAACAGGUUCCCGCUGGACAUCUCAAGAGGACAGUGCUGCGUCUGUCUCAGGACGUCAAAGGAAACUCCUUCAUCAAAGACCUGCGCUGGGUCCAGGUCAACAGCUCUGAUGAAGCCUACAAAGUGAUGAAGAUCGGGAAGAAGAACCAGAGUUUCUCCUCCACCAAACUGAACCAGCUGUCCAGCAGGAGCCACAGCAUCUUCUCCAUCAGGAUCCUCCGAGUGGACGACGUCGGCGUUCCCAGAGUCCUCGGCAUCAGCGAGUUGUCUCUGUGCGACCUGGCCGGCUCGGAGCGCUGCUCUCGCACCCACAACACCGGC